AUGAAACACCAAGUCUUUUCCAAAAGAGAGCUUGCCAGCCUGAUCUUGGUUGUUCUGACAGCCUUUACAUUUGGGGUCUCUCUGAUAAGCCUGUCCUGUCUCUAUGGCUUGAUAGAAGAUCACUUUACAGAGUCUACUGGAAAGACCUACACCAUAUACCAUGAAGCAUUAAUCCCAGGAACACACUUCCUAGGUGCAUUUAUUGCAGGAAUUAUCUUCAAGUUUGUGUCUUUCACUAACGACAAAGUGAAGUUGAUCGUAGCCAACGUCAUAUAUAUGAUUGUGUUUGCAACCCCGCUGAUGACAUUGGAUUUUGCUCAUUAUUUAACGUCCAGAUUCAUACUUGGAUUUGCACUCGACCUCACUUCUGGAUCAAUUUCAUCUUAUAUAGAUGCCAUUGCUCCAGACCAUAUCCGGGGGUUCCUGGCCAGUCUCCAGCCAGUCGGGAUAGUUGGGGGACUCUUUGUAGGCUCCAUGUUCAACUUCUUUGGAAACAAGGAAAGCUACAGGAUCCCAUUCGUUGCAAUGCUUGUGUUCCUUGUUCUCCAGACGAUAGGAUUUGCAUUUAUUAGAAGUCCCCAUCCAAGAACACCAAAUACAUUCAACACCAGGCCAUCCAUGAAGGAAUUAAUCAGGACCCCUGGAUCCGCAAAGUCGAUUGCAAUAACAGUAGUAUUCCACGCCUUCCACCAUCUGUCUGGAAUCAACUUUUUGACGUUUCAGCAGUCUUGCCUAUUCUCGAGUAGCAAAUAUCCCAACCUGAUGACAAGUUCUUCUUUGUUUGUAUCGUUUAUAACAACUGCAUUCUGUGGACUGAUAGUUGAUAGAUUUGGGAGGAAAACAAUGUCGAUCAUCUCUUCGACAAUAAUGGCAUUUGGAAUGAUCCCUCUUGCCAUGGACAGGUUUCCCCUUCUAGGAGUGAUAAUCUGCUUUAUUGGAUUCAACCUCGGGCUUGCAGUAAUCCCAUGGAUAAUCUCGGCAGAGAUAUUUCCCUCGAGAUAUACAUCCACCGGCUUUGAGUUUGGAGUCAGUUUCAAUUGGCUAUUUGGAUUCAUAACAACAACCUUGCUACAUCCUCUGAACUAUAACCAUGCACAAGUUAUGUCUGGGAUUUACGGAGGUCUUUGCCUAGUCUUCAGUGUAUUUGUACUCCUCUGUGUCAGGGAGACAAAGGGAAAGCCAAAGUUAUUUCAAUGA